AUGUCUCUUUUAUUCAGAGAGAGAAUUCACACGCGUCCUCUUCCACGGAAUCUUCAUUCCUGGACGGACCCCGGCCAUUAUUUGUCCUGCGAAUCUUGUAACAUCUAUCGAGCUAUCGAGACUCGAAAAGCCGAGAGACAAGCGCAUACAGACGCUUCAAUCCUCGAGCGCUCAGAAUCUAUCUUAUAUAGAAGCCGCAAUAUCAUCGUUAGCCCACGUCUUAUUGAUCGUCAACUCCCCAGCUUUUACCAGGAAGAACAGCAGUAUAGAUAUACAUCUAUUCGAGUCCCGUAUUUUCGCGGCUCCAACACCACCCAGGCCCUCGGCCUGUCGGGGGCAGCUUCAGCUUCGGGUCAACUUCGCCCAGCGUCUACCAGAAAGCGUCCCGUCACUUGCACGAGCACACCGGAACCAGCUCAGUACUACGUUCCUGGUCAGUUUCCUGGAUACAUUAACCAUACUCAAGUUAGUCCACAAGCAGAAACGGACUUCUGGACUUUGAAUGCAGAUCUUAUCAGACAGGAAGCUUUGGAGACAUCUCAGGCUGCCACCAGUGCUUCUUUCAACGAGAAACUUCUCUCCAUGCCCGGCGCUUGGCCCUCGUGGGCUGAUGAACUGGAUGACGUGCCUGCUACAACUAUUGCAUCUACUCCUCGUCGUCAACAGGCUCAAGAUGGCAGCCCUGGUUUUCUCUCUACCCACGCCAGAGGCAUUUUCUCCUUCUUCGGGAACCUGUCUAGCUUUGUUCUCGGUGCUUCCCGAAAUGCACCAUGGAGACUCGUUCCACCUGAUCAAACGGCACAGGAACCACAACACCCAGACCCACCACAUGCAGUCGCUACGACCAGUGUCACUGCCGCGGUGACACCGACUGCUGAGAAUGUGAUCUCACGCUCUCCAAAACGUCUACGAUCUGACCCAGGACCGUUACGUGCAACCCCCCCAUCAUCUGGACCUCAAUCCUCCCUCGCCACCAGCAACCAAUUGAAUCCUGAUUUCAAUUAUGCCGGCCACUUUUCUCUUGAUGCGCUGUAUGCAUCUGACAGUGAAGAUGAAGAGGAAGACUAUGCAGGUAGUCCUAUGCUGAUCGAUUCUCCUGAGCACCUAGUCUCUCAAAGGACUGAGACUAAACCGGCUCCCGAGCUUCAGCCCGGACAUCCUCGUUCAAUUCUAAAGUCAGAACACCGAAAGCCCAUAGCUUUAAAUUCGAAGGAAGCUAUUUUGGCUGGAAAUCAAAGCAGCCCGUCGGUGGCCGCUGCUCGUAGAGCUGUGCGGCGGUUUCCCAAAGAGUUGCCUAUCAGACGACCUAGUGGCAGUGCUAAUCUGGGACGGCGUCCCAUUGAGAGUCUUCGUCGUGGGGAUAAGGAGCCGACGACAUUCGAUCAUGCUGGCAUGGUACAGUCACCCGAGUCAACUAUAUAUGAUGACGUCUUGGAAUUCUUUCCCAAUGAUGUUUCACAUUCUUUACCUGGUCUUGGUGCCGAAGACCUCCCUGCUGAUGCUGAUAAGGUUGAGCAUCUAAAAAGGGAGUUUAGGGAGCGCGUGCGCCUGGAAGAGAUUGCAUCACAGAAUGCCGCUCUCUUACGUCUCGGCGUCCGUCGACCCAAGUCCACUCUUAUUCGUGAGCCUUCCGCUGAGUGGAAGGGGCGAGCCUUGGACGCGCCCAGAAAUGGACACUUCAACCCUACCACUGUCCAUCCGGAUGCUGUCGAGCUCAAACCGAGAGACUUCGCUAAGCUUGUCCCACCAACGGCCUGGCUUAAUGAUGACUGCGUUCACUCUACUCUAUGUUGUCUUGCAGCUUAUAUCAACGACAAGGCUGGUGUUAAGCCCAAAGUUGACCCCCCCAAGUGUGUUGCCGUCUCGUCUCUAUACUGGACCGCGUUCUCUGGCGACCACAAGAAGCUCUAUCCGCGUCUGUUCAGUCGAAAAUGGGGCAUGAAUCCAGACAACUUCUUUAAUAUCGAUACCGUCUUGAUCCCUGUCAAUCUGCAGGCUCACUGGACCCUUAUUGUUAUUCGACCAUCUCUCAGAACCGUCUCAUAUAUCGAUUCCUUCCACAGCCGUAACCCACUACAGGUCCGAUAUGCCUAUGAAUGGUUAAGUUUAUUUUUAGGACCUAUUUUCGUGGAAUCAGAAUGGCAUACGACAUACUUUGAUAGUCCACAACAGACGAAUGCAUACGACUGCGGAGUUUUUGUCAUUACCAACUCUAUAUGCCUUGCGCUGGGAAUAGACCCAAAAUGCUAUGAAGAAAAGGAUUUGCCAACCCAAAGAUUACGUCUGGCAUCUGUCUUAUUGAACGGAGGUUUUAGAGGGGAGUUCAGCCUCUCAGAUCUUUAG